GUAAUAAUCCACCAUAAACUUCAUAGUAUUGUAUAGCCUAACUGACAGUCGACAACGCCAGUUGCAUUCGGCAAACUCUCGUGAGACUUACCGAGAUACUUCCUUUCCGGAAACAGCCAACAUGGGUAUCUCCCGUGACAAGUGGCAUAAGCGUAGGCCGACUGGCGGUCGUCAACCCCAGCCUCGCAAGAAGCGUAGGUUUGAAUUAGGUCGUCCAGCAUCAAAUACAAAGAUUGGACCUAAACGUAUCCACGCUAUCCGCACUCGUGGUGGUAACAAGAAGUACAGAGCCCUUCGUCUUGACACUGGCAACUACUCCUGGGGGUCUGAAGGUGUUGCACGUAAGACUAGGAUCAUUGACGUUGUGUACAAUGCCAGUAACAAUGAGAUGGUGCGUACUAAGACUCUGGUUAAGAGUACCAUCGUGCAGAUAGAUUCCACACCCUUCCGGCAGUGGUAUGAGAACCACUAUGCCACACCUCUCGGUCGCAAGAAGGGAGUUAAGUUGAGUGACGAAGACGCUGGUCGACUGAACAAGGUGCGCUCCAAGAAGACACUGAAGAAGUACACAAUUAGACAGAAGACGAAGCAGGUGGAACAGGCCUUGGAGGACCAGUUUUCCACGGGCCGUGUGUACGCGAAGGUCUCGUCCCGGCCAGGCAGCACUGGGCGUUGUGAUGGCUACAUCCUCGAAGGCAAAGAGCUUGACUUCUACACCAGGAAACUCAAGACCAAGAAGGGCAAAUAGGCGCUCUGUACUCUGUCGUUGGGAGAAAAAAAAUAAAGAGAAAAAAAGUUUAAACAA